CCCACGGUCUCGUCACGGUCUGAGUGCCUGUAAAGGGGGGCAGGAAGCGGGCUUUGGGGGGCCUUGGGAACAACCCUCCAGUUCCCAGGGGUGUGGAUCCUGUCUGCUGUGUGGCCUCUCCUGGUCUGUGGGACCCCUUGGUCUGUAGACGUGCCUACAGGUCUCCCUCUCAGGUUCUGGAACCUUCACUGUGGCCCUUAUUUCGUAGCCACAGGUGGCAGUUGGGUGCCCACUCAGCAUAGGGGCUGGUCUCCCCGGUGACCUCCUGGCCAUCCUGGAGUUCCCACUGGGGCUAAGGCUGUCCCUUGAGGGGCCCCUUGGGGGCUUUUUGCGUGUCUUGAUGUCACUCUCUGUCAGGUCACCACGGCUGCGGGGGGUGGGGACCUCCUGCCUUCCCCGUUCUCCUUGCCAACACCCCCUUCAUUUGAGGCCUCUACAUGGGCGCCAUGGGUUCCAUGGAGGGGAUCCCAGCACCCCUAACAGCAAGAGGCAGUGAGCACGCUGGCCCAGAAGCUCAGGGUGAAUGUGUGUGCGCGCGUGUGUGUGUGUGUGUGUCUUGGUGUGAGUCCAUGUGUUUAGCGCUCAGAGUUUUUGCUUUGUUCUCAAUGUUCUAUGUUCUAUGAGGCUUAUUGAAAGAGAAGAACCAGGUGCUGAGUCCGGUGUGGGGUCCAGUCCCCACUCUGAUGCCUGAGGACUCAGGGUGAGGUUUGGUGACAGGCCUGCUGGCCACAACUGUGGGUGGGGUGGGGCAGCUUUGGGCCGGGCCUUGUCUCCCACACCUGGACCCCAGCAGACUUCCCCGAGAGGGCUGCACAGUAGCUAUUUUGGGCCUGGCGCCUGUCCUCUGUCCUGGCUACUCAGCAGUGCCGGUGGGGAGCAGGGAGCAGGAAGGCAGCCAAGGGUAGUCCGAGCACCAGCACGAGCACGCGUGGCUGGGCGUCAGUAAACCCUGACUUACAGAAACUGGAGGUGGCUCUCGGGGCUGUGAGGUCCGUGUGCCCGGUGCCAGGGUGCAGAACCCUUUUUCCCGGUGAGGACACGACCCCGGGGCCCCCGUUCCCCAGGAGUCCCGGCCCAUCCUAGUGUGCGAGUCCUCUAGUGCAGGUGGCCAGCACUGGGGAGCAGACUCUGGUAUCGCUGUUGGUCAGCAGGGAUGCGUGGCCUGUGGCUGCAGGGGCCGCAGCACAUGUGGUCCAGGGGGAUGGCCUGGCCGUCCCGGGCCACUGGGCGCAUGAAGAGCCACAUGCCCAGCAGAGGACGGAGAUGGGUGGCGGGGCUCACCGUGGCUGCUCCCCCCUCCCCCAGAGCAGAAUCCCACCUCGGAGGGAGCCGGGUGCCCCCCUGCGGCCCGUGGCUGGGUGCUCCCUCCCAGGCUGGCCUUACAGCUCCCCCCCACCGCUCUCCCUUGCUCACAGUUACAGGUUACAGUUCGGCUGUCUGGCCACACAGAGGGCAGGAGCAGUCUCCCUGGGGCCCGUGGCCACGGUCCUGUGUCUAUGGACUCUCUGGUCAUGAGGAGAUGAAUGUGAACCCCCUGCCCCCACACACGAAGACUUUAGUUUCAGGGGAUGGCUGCACGUAGACAAGAGCUUGAUAAGAAAGGAAAACCGUGGUUUCCGGGCUUUUGCCACGACCUUGAACGGAAACGGGGCAGUGUUCACACGGUGGGUGUGCCGCCAUAUUUGUUAACUCAUCGACCUCGAGACCGAGGACCUUGAGGGGGCGAUGUCCCCGCGGGUCACUGCGCCUGGGCCAGUCCCGCAGCCCUCUGCAGCCGGCUCCCAUGUGGCCUGUGCCCGCUCCCGGCCGGUCCGCGGCACUCGGGGACCAAGCUGGAGGCGGUGAUUUCCUGCGCGGUGGGCCCUCUUAGCUGGCCUCGAUUCUUCUGGAGAACAGCAAACGGAGAAACCAUUUGGAAAUAGAAAAGGCAGAAGCGUUCAUUUGUCGUUUCUACUUCAGUUAGGUUCGUAGUGGACAGUGAGCACAGAAGGGCCGUGUUUCCCUUAACUUGGCGGAAGAAGUCUGUUUUUGUGCGUAAAAAAGUAACAGGUUUUGGCAAAAGGGGCUCGCAGGUGACGUCACGUUUGUUUAGAAGUUACGCAUACCUACGCGGCCUUGUUUUUCACUGUUUGGAACAGUGAGUGUCUUCCUGCUGCACCGGGUGUCGCUGGUCCGGCCUGUUUGGCCUGCCCCUGUCGGCCCCGCUGCCCCAGCCCGAGGACCCCCCAGUCAACGGCUGCCACGGCCCGGCCCCCGCGGAGCAAGACGGAGAGGCAAUGCAGCUGGGGACAGUCCCUCCACCGCCUCCCGACGGGGACCAGCCCCCCGAGACUGCAGACCCCAAGCCACCGCUCGUGCCCCCGUUCCCGCCAUAUUUCGAAGGCGCCCCCUUCCCUCCCCCGCUCUGGCUAAGAAGCACCUACCGGCAGUGGGUGCCGCAGCCGCCCCCCCGGACCAUCAAGAGGACACGCCGGCGUCUGUCCCGCAACCGUGACCCGGGUCGGCUGGCCCUGAGCCCCAUCCGCCUGCGGCCGCGCCAAGUACUCUGUGAGAAGUGCAAGAGCACGCUGAGCCCCCCCGAGGCCAGCCCCGGCCCCCCGGGUGCCCCGAGGCCGCGCAGGAGGGUGGGCAGCGGCCCUGGCUUUGACAGCGAGCCCCGCAAGCCGGAGGACCCGGCCGGCGGUGGCGACCCCGCGGCCACCACGAGGAGGAGCAAGAGGGAGAAGCGAGAGGAGGACAAGGCCCGGGUGCCACGGAGCCCGGCCAUCAAGAUCUCCUACAGCACGCCCCAGGGCACGGGCGAGGUCGUGGAGAUCCCCUCCCGCGUGCACGGGUCCCUCGAGCCCUUCUGCCCCUCCCAGGCCCUGCACGGCGGCGGCCAGGACCCCGGCGGGCCCAGCGCCUCCAUCCCCAAGCUGAAGCUGACGCGCCCCGGGCCCCCUGGCGCCGGCCUGCCGCCCCCCAAGAUCCGCCUGAAGCCCCACCGCCCGGGGGCCGGGGAGCGGGAGCCCGUCUACAGAGCCGAGCUGGUGGAGGCGCUCAACGGCCACGGGCGAGGCCCCCGGGCCAGCUCACCCCCUCUCCUGGGCCACGGCUCCGCGGGCCGUGGGCCGGUGGACUCGUCUUCCGGAAGUUCUGGUGAGGAUGAUGACUUCAAGCGGUGUCCCCAGGGCAAACCCCAGCAGGACGGCCUGGCGUUCCUCGCCGCCUGCCCUAGGAGGGGGACGGACUGUGCCGGCGAAUCUGUGUGGAGCGGCGACAGCCUGGACGAGUCCAAAUCGUGCAGCUCGGAAGUGCCGUCACCGGACACGUGUGACCUGUCCGGCGACGGUGCGUCUGUGAGGUCCUCGUCCGGGGCCGCGAGGCAGACGGUCCCGCCCCUGACAGUCAGGCUGCACACACAGAGCGUCUCCAAGUGCGUGACUGAGGACGGAAGGACCGUGGCCGUGGGGGACAUCGUGUGGGGUAAGGUUCAUGGUUUUCCUUGGUGGCCAGCGCGUGUCCUUGACAUCAGUCUUAGCCAGAAGGAGGACGGGGAGCCUUCCUGGCAAGAAGCCAAAGUCUCGUGGUUUGGUUCUCCGACUACGUCAUUCUUGUCUACUUCAAAACUCUCCCCUUUCUCUGAGUUUUUCAAACUGAGAUUUAACCGUAAGAAGAAGGGGAUGUACCGGAAAGCCAUAACGGAGGCCGCCAACGCCGCGCAGCCUGUGGCCCCGGAAAUAAGGGAGGUCUUAACCCAGUUUGAGACGUAAGCCGCCCGGCCAGGUCACCGACGGUGAGGGCGCGGCUGGUCUCCUGGAGCUUCUGACUUUGGGGGUGCCCUCCGCAUCACCUGUUCCGUCUGAGGGGCCCCGUGUGCCUUCUGGCCAGCUGCCUGCAGAAAUGCGCCAGGCCCACGGUGGCCAGCCUGCCGGGGGGUCCCCAGAGGGGAGCAGGUGUGUGUGGGGAGGAGGACAGCCCCCAGGAGCACCGCGGCUCCUCCCCGCUGAACGUCUUUAUCCCCCGACUCAGGCUUUAGCUCCUGUGGUUUGUGAAGUUCCAGGAGCCCACGACACCCUUCCUGCUGCUGCCUCGCCCGCUGGGGCACCUAGCAGGGGCGAGGCCUGCCACCCCGCGUCCAGGUCCUGGGCCAGGCCCCCUCAGGCCCGCGGGCUUCCAGAAACCAGCUUGCACGUGUGGGGCGCUUCCUCCCCAAGCCCUCGGCACGGGGUCUCUGUGCACUUGAGAACCCGGAACCUGCCCGGCCUCCCCCAUGAUCCUCCCAAAGCUGGGGGCCCGCGGGCACCCUGGCAGUGAGGGCCUGGGGAGGGGAGCCGCUCUGGGAAUGCGGGAGACUUCCAAAGGAGAACAGCUUGGCCUGUGGUUUGUAGGAGCUGCUCCUGUCUCCUCUCUGUCACUUUAAAGACCAAAAAGAAAAAGAAAGAAACAGAAAACGA